AUGAAAGUGCUCCUGGCCCUCGUCAUUUUAUUUAUGGUAUCAGUUGAAAUUUCUUUGGUUCACUCCCAUCGAAAACUACCAGAAUAUCUUCGAGAAUGUUACACUAACAGCAAUAAAUUCGCAUCACCGCUUCCCUUAAAUUUACAAACCAUUUUAGAUAUAAUUCGAAAAGUCGAAAGAUUAACCAAUGCAUCUUUGUCUAUGCGAACACUAUCGACUUCGCUUAUCAAGAGAUUCAAACUCGAUGGAAUAGUAUAUUCGAAGGAUCUACCUGAGGAUGAAGGCGUACUCAGAUUUUCUGUAAGUGGAGCACAACAUGACAAACACCUCAUCGUCGACGAAUUGAUACCCAGUAAUAUAAAUUCAUUUCCCGAAGUACUAUUGACGCAUAAUGAGCGCUGUACUCUGCAUUUCGCUAUAUCCAAUACAAUAUGGGACUAUUAUGACGAAACUGACCAAAUGUUUUGUAAAUUUAAGCCAAACGAAAGCGCUUUUGAUAUGUUUGAAAGGACAAAUAACGUUAGAUGUCUAAAGGAAGGUGGAGUUAUUCUAACACCGUACGGUACUGUAGCUUUAGGAACGGUACUUGCUGGCAUAGCUGCUGCACUUCAACCUCAAGUUGUGGAAACAAAGCGGUUGUUAAAAAUACGAAUAGCCGAUAAGAAUGAUGAAGUGAUACCGCCAAGAAAAAUGGACACCAAAGGUUCUCUUCUUAGGACAUCUCUUUCCAGUGAACGUAUAGACAAUACUUGGCUGGCCACCGUUGCGGGUGAAUUGGCUGAAAUGGCUGUAUACCAAGGACCAAUUUAUGAUGAUCAAAUGUUUAUUGGCGCCACAGGAUUUUGGGAUCGUACUAUGCGCCCGCAUUUUUACUAUAUAAUGCAUCCUUAUGAGAAUUUCGAUCUGACGAGGGCUGAAACAGUUGGAGCGAUUGACGGUCUUAUAAUAGCAAAGAAUUUACAUAGUUGGACAAGGAAAUUUGAAAAUCUUCGACUUAGCCAAGUAUUGGAUAUGUAUUAUUCAGAAAGUGGUGCAUUUUUUAAUAAGAACGUUAAUGUGUGCGAGCGUGGUGAACAAUUUUUACGUAUUGCUCCAAGGAAUACUCUACAAGAUCAAACUUAUGCCGCUGCUCAAUUAUUAAUGUAUCAAAACAGUAUCGCAACUAUGAGUGAUGCAAUAUUACAACAAAUGGUCAAUCGUUCCAUUAAUCACUUUAUGCAAUACACAAGUGAGCAUCUCUUUACCCAAAUACAUUGUCGGUCUCCACUUAAGCAGCAAAUGCGCGUCGAAGUCAUAUUUGCUUUCGAUGGAUCUUGGACCAGAGUUUACACAAGUGACUUUCUAGCAGCACUGGUAGAUGAUCUCAAUGUUUCUACAUACGGAUCAAAAAUGGGCAUAAUUCAUGGAGAAAAUGGUAAAUGGUUGUUAAAUGUAACCAAUAGUCCAUCUAAUGUUCACACAGCAAUUAAUAAUUUAUCGAAAAUCAAAUGGCCAUCGGGUGUAAAUUUGUCCGAGGUCUUUAAGAGUAUUUUGACAUAUUUAGAUGAUAGAUGGGAAAAUAACUUUAAUAAAAAUAUCAUUGGCAAUUAUGGACAAGCUAUUGUUUUUUUGAUACCUCGUAUAAAACUGACCAAUAAAGAAGUCAAGUUGGCGUUAAUAGCAUUAAAUAAAAUUAAAACAAAACAUCCAGAAGUUAAUUUUAUCUAUUACAUAUGUGAAAGUAAGGCCGAGCUUUUAAAUCCAUUUAUAAUAACUAAUGAAGAUCAAAUAAUUACGACAUUGAAUAUCAAUGAUAUUUCGAGAAUUCUUUCAACAGUGCCCAUGAUUUUAAGAUCAAAAGAACCUAAUAUUCAUACUAUCAAAGGAACAUUACAAAAUAAAUAUUCAGAAGGAGUGUUUAAAACUUAUGUAAGUCCAUUGGAGUCUAUUUCAUAUCGAUUACAUUCUCAGUGGCGAGACAAAGCAAAGAAAUUUGCAAUACAGUUAAAAGGAUUAGGUUAUGGAGAACUGAAAGUUUGUUGCUGGAAUCCAGAUACAAGUAAUAGAAACGAAAUAGUCACGUACUGUAAAUAUUUAUCAUUGAAUGGACAAAUUUCUUUAUCAGAUGAUGUUUGUAAUAAUGAUGGUAGCAAAUGGCCAGACAUGUACUGUCAAGUGCAAAAUAUUUCAACAGUUAUGAUAUGCACAGAAAACGAUUGCAAAUCACCUGAUCAAGUAAAAUAUACUAUUAGUGCGGAAAAUAUACAAUGUUCAUCUUCUGAUAAA